AUGAGGGUGGAGUACGUCGACCGCAACGGCGGCUCAGUCCACGGCGAGAAGCACGGCGGCGCGACGGAACGCAGCCACUCCGUGAAGAUCGACGUGGACUUCCCGUACGAGUUCUUGACGGGCGUCAGCGGCUGCUACCGCGCGGCGCACGGCGGGUCUGCGCCGCCGGUGGUGCGGUCGGUGACGUUCGCGACGAGCCGGGGGACGGAGCGGCUGGCACCUCGACGCGCUGGGCCUCUACGUCGCGGCGCUGCGGCCGAGACGCUCCGUGACGUGGUCCAGGAGCGCGGCCUCAUGGCGUACCGCUCCUUCGUCUACGGGGAUGCCGGGUCGGCGGCGCGCCAUCAGGAUAGAAGUGAGCAAUGA